AUGAAGCAGAGUUUCGUGGUCUUCAUCUUGUUCGGCCUGUGCAUCGGUUCGCUGCUGACGAUCAGCGUGACGGGCGAGACCACGAGCGACGUGGUGGUGCUCGAUGACGACAACUUCGAUGAGCACACUGCCAGCGGCGACUGGUUCCUUGAGUUCUACGCUCCCUGGUGUGGGCACUGCAAGAACCUGGCGCCAGUGUGGGAAGACCUGGCAACGCAGGGCAAGGCCAAGGGCCUGCGCGUCGGCAAGGUCGACUGCACCCAGAACAAGGAGAUCGGUUCGCGCUUCGGGGUCAAGGGUUACCCCACCAUCAAGCUUCUGAAGGACAACCAGCUGUACGCCUACAAGGGCGCGCGCAAGGUGGAUGACUUCCUCCAGUUCGCCGAGAGCGGCUACAAGGCCGUCGACCCCGUCCCCGUCCCCGCUCCCGCCGUCGUUGUCGAAGAGGCCGAAGACGUCGAGGGCCAGACCGCCGGUGGAGCGGGCGAGGUGCAGAUCCUCACCGCCGAGAACUUCACCCUCGCCACCAACGGCGGGAAGUGGUUCGUCAAGUUCUACGCCCCGUGGUGCGGACACUGCAAGAACCUGGCUCCCACGUGGGAGAAGGCCGCCUCGGAGCUCAAGGGCAAGGUCAACAUCGCCAAGGUGGACUGCACGACCGACGGUUUCGUGUGCCAGCUGUUCGGCGUCAGGGGCUACCCGACCCUCAAGUUCUUCAAGGGCGACGGCCUCGUGAGGGACUACUCUGGCGUUCGCGAGGUGUCUGACUUCUCCGACUUUGCCAAGAAGGGCUACAAGCAGGCCACCGCCCAGGACUACCCGCUCCCCUCGUUCUUGAUGUACCGCAUCUCUUCUCCCCGCCUUCCUUUUUGUGGUCUCACCGACAUCGCCACACCCAUUAGGUCGCCCGUCGUCUUCAAGUUCUACCAGGCCUGCGAGCCCAUUGCCGCCUGGAUCAACGCGAACGUGGGCUAUUCCUUCGCCAUCAUCGCCGCUCUCUCGUUCAUCUUCGGCCUCCUCGUCGGCCGUCUCUCCGCCGGCUCGGAGAUCCGCUACGUGAUCCCCAAGGAGCUCGGCCCGCAGUGGAACGAGCUUCUGGCCAAGAAGAAGGAGCUCGAGGAGAAGAAGAAGGCCAGGCGCGAGAAGAGGGAACAGAGGAAGGGUGGAGAGAAGAUCACCGGCGAGAAAAAGUCGCAGGACGCCACCACCCCUUCCACCCCCAACGAGACGGCCACCUCGAGCCCACGGAGGAAGAGGAGCAAGCCCAAGAAGCCGGAGAACUAA